AACUUUAAUUUCGGGACAACCACAUAUCCGGGAUUCGGUAACUACCAGGUUGUUUCACAAUUUAUGGUUGUAUUUCAAAAUAAUCUUCAAUAGACAAAAAUGAAGAAUACAGCAACCUUUAUACUGUCAGUGACAAGUAUGAUAGCUUUUGUACAUGGGUAUCAAAAACCGACAACUGACCAACUUUCAACGAUAUGUGCUACCUUGGAGCCUGGUCAUGGCAGUGGAAAACAAAACACUAAUCCGCCAUUCAUGAUAAGCUUCGGUUCUACUACAACCUAUAGCCCUGGUAAUCCAGUCACAAUUACUCUGAGGUCUUGCAUGAAGUAUACAUUCAAAGGGUUUUUUAUGCAAGCACGCUAUGCCGCUGUUGGUUCAGACCAAUCACAAUACUUAGGAUCUUUCAUAGCAGACAAUACAGUUACCCAUUGUAAUGGGCAUGCUAUUUCACACAACGAAGACAGCGACAAAGUAUUUAAAACUGUCACGUGGAAUCCACCCAACACAAACACUACAGGACAUGUUAAUUUUAUGGUGACUUUUGUAAUGGAGGAACAUGAAUACUGGAGCUACAUUACAUCCCAGCCUUUGUUGGACUCGAGGCUAAAUACUACUGGAACACUAAAUCCUCCUACAAUGCUAUUAGCUAACUGCACAGCCGCAAGUACCGCUUCCUAUAUGGCAUAUAAUCAAGCUACUGUCUUCACAUUCUUUGGGGUCAUUCAGGCAGUAUUAUACCUAUGGUAAAUGUUUGUAGUAAACUACAUCGUUUCCGCAUUUAUCGAAAUGUAAAUCACAGAAUUGUAAUUAAAGCACUUUAAUUAUGUAAGUUAAUUUUUUUAAAAUAAAUUUUGAUGUUUGGUUUUGUAAACAGUUAUUUUACGUACCUGGUUUUAUAUUAUUUUACAUGUGCAAGUGUAUUUUUAGCUACACUGUUUAUUGAAAAAAAACACAAUGAAAAUAUUUUUUUAAAUAAUUUUUUUUUAAUAAACAAUUAUUAUUUUACUUACCUGGUUUCAUAUUAUUUUACAAGUGCAAGUUUAAUUUUAUUUACACUGUUUGUUGGAAAAAAAACACAAUGAAAAAUAAAAUGUUUAUUUUGAUGUGUUAAUUUUGAAUGAGAUGUGUAUAAUAAAGAUU